GCCCAGUUCUGGCUCUUCAACGUGCUCUUCCCCCCCAGCGCCACACCAGAAGCAGCACCCUCCAACAGCACCCCGCCCGUGGUACUCGGUGACCAGUCCAGCCCACACUAGUCCAGAUGAGGUCUUACCAGCGCCUUCUACAAGGGCAUUAAUACUUCCCUAUCUCUCCUGGAAAUGCCUCGCCUGAUACAUCCUAGAACCGCCUGUCUCUGCAGUCAGGGUGUGGGAAGAAAGCCUUCAGUCUGUGGUCAUGUGUGUCUGAAAGGCCACCCCUGGGACGCUGCCAUCUCCCCUGAAGGGCUGGCAUGUGGGUGGCAUGUUCUGUGUAUUUGACAUGUACUGACAUGCGAGAAAACACCAUUCUGAGCUCCUGGGUGAGCAGUAUGUGGGAGGCGUGUUGGAAGCAUAUGAUCAGCAUAUGAGAGUGCCCGCGUGCCUGGGGAACCAGCUGGAGGCCAAGCUGGACAAGCCGAAAGUGGUGAACUGGAUGUGCCACCGCAAAACUGAGGACUACUUCACCCUCUGGAUCAACCUGCACAUGUUCCUGCCACUUGGCGUCGCCUGCUGGAUCGACAACACCAGAGUGGUGUAUAACCGAAGUACCGGCAAGAUGUCCAAUGCGCCUGGGGUGCAAAUCCGUGUGCCCGGCUUUGGCAAGACCUACUCCGUGGAGUACCUGGACAAGAGCAAGCUGGCAGGUUACCUACACACCCUGGUGCAGAACCUGGUGAACAAUGGCUACGUGCGGGACCAGACAGUACGGGCUGCCCCCUACGACUGGAGGAUUGGGCCCAACCAGCAGCCCGAGUAUUUCCAGAACCUGAAGGCACUGAUUGAGGAGAUGCAUGACACCUACCAGAGACGGGUCUUCCUGCUCGGACACAGCAUGGGCAACCUCAACAUCCUCUACUUCCUGGGGCAGCAGCCCCAGGCCUGGAAAGACCGGUUCAUCGCGGGCUUCAUUUCCCUCGGUGCCCCCUGGGGCGGGGCCGUCAAGUCCAUGCUCGUCCUGGCCUCCGGAGAUAACCAGGGCAUCCCGAUGGUCACAAACAUCAAGCUGCGUGAGGAACAGCGCAUGGCCACCACAAGCCCCUGGGUGUUCCCAACCAACAUAGCCUGGCCCGAAUCACAUGUCUUUAUCUCCACACCAUCCUACAACUACACGUACCGGGACUACCGGCGCUUCUUCCUCGACGUCAACUUUGAGGAUGGCUGGUACAUGUGGAAUGACACCAAGGACCUGCUGAAGGGGCUGCCUCCUCCGGGUGUGGAGACCUACUGCCUCUACGGCACGGGCCUCCCAACAGUGGAGACCUACAUCUAUGACGAGCGCUUCCCCUACGAGGACCCCGUGGACGUGGUCUAUGGGGACGGGGACGACACCGUCAGCACCCGCAGCAUGAAGCUGUGCGACCGAUGGGACAAGCAGCAGAAGCAGCGAGUGCAUGUGGUGGAGCUGCCCGGAGUGGAUCACCUCAGUAUGGUUUUCAACAACCAAACACUAAGCUACAUCAAUGAGAUACUGCUGGGCAGCUUGCAGGCCCGCGCGGAGGAGCAGGGAGGGAAUGGGAAAAAGACCCUCUUCCCACUCAACCCAGAGCCAACACGGGCCAGGAAGAACCUCUCUGGUCAGAGGGCCACUAAGAACCCCAAAAUGAACUGAAGGCAGCUGGGGAUAGCUUUGCUUCUGACUGGCUGCCCUCCAGCAAAGGGUUCAAAUCCAAGUGCCCGUGGAGGGCAAAGCAGCACCCACUCCUGCUCUGACUGGCUUUUGUAUUGUGAAUGGUGAUUAAUUACACAUUAGAGGCUUGUUACUUGCAUAUUAGCAGAUGGGUAAUUAACUACAUUGCCAGCUAAUUCCAUCCCGCUGGCAGGUGUCACCAUGACACUGCCAUCACUGGCCUGCUAGCGUAACGCCAACAGACCCCGGUUGUUGGCAGGCGGGAUCGAACCUGGGACCUCUGAAGUUUAGUGUAUGAUCCUCUACUGCAUGAGCUACAAGCCACGUGGCUCUUAGCCAAGGCUGUAGCAGACUCAUUAAUCUUCAGGUAGUCUAGGGGCCACUAGGCAGAGACAAAGCACCACACUCACCAGGCCACUUUGGCCACAGGGCAAUCCCAGCCUGUGCCAGGUCUGAGCUCUGCCCCCUUGGUCCCUGUGCUGGGCUCUGCAGCAGGCAGGCUUGGAUUUGCACUCAAGAAAUCUGCGCCCAAGGGGCGCUGCAAAUCAGGGGCCUUUGUGGGGCCUCUCUGAAAAGCUGAGCUGUUCAGCUCAAAGAGAAUGAAUCCUGCCCUCAUCCUAGAGCUGGAGAGCCACAGGCAGCUGGGUAACUGAAUGCAUGUG